AUGGCGGACGUGGAAAUGAACGAUGUCUCAUCUGCGGCCAAAAAAGCCGAUGCUACAGACGGCAAGAAGAAAUUCGAAGUGAAGAAGUGGAAUGCUGUUGCCCUUUGGGCCUGGGAUAUCGUGGUUGAUAAUUGUGCUAUCUGCCGCAACCACAUCAUGGAUCUUUGUAUUGAGUGCCAAGCAAACCAAGCAUCUGCUACGAGCGAGGAAUGCACAGUGGCUUGGGGGAUAUGCAACCAUGCGUUUCAUUUCCACUGCAUCUCGCGUUGGUUGAAAGCCAGAUCAGUCUGUCCCCUGGAUAAUCGGGAUUGGGAAUUCCAGAAGUAUGGCCGGUAA